ACAUAUGGCACCUCAUGUCACAGCUUUAUAGAGCUGAGACAGCCCUCUUUGCCAGACACACUGCUCUGUACCAUAGAUGGAAGAAGACAAAGAGGUCUGUUUCAACAAGAGCUAUUUUCCAAUCCCAUCCAGCAGCUCAGAGCCUACAAUCAUAUAAGACUCCAAGCCAAAAACCGGCUUGACCCUCUCUCUCACGUUUCACCAUGUCUGUCGACCCCGCGGCCGAGCUGCCUUUCUUCUACGGCAGCAUCAGUCGCUCGGAGGCCGAGGAGCAGCUGAAGCUCGCCGGGAUGGCCGACGGGCUCUUCCUGCUGCGACAGUGUCUGCGCAGUCUCGGGGGCUACGUCCUCUCCAUAGUGUGGAACCUGGAGUUCCACCACUAUCCCGUAGAGAAACAGCUCAACGGGACCUACUGCAUCUCAGGAGGCAAGCCCCACUGCGGGCCGGCAGAGCUGUGUGAGUUUUACAGCAAGGAUCCCGACGGGCUGGUGUGUAUCCUGAGGAAGCCCUGCCUACGCUCUCCGGACACACCCGUUCGUCCCGGUGUGUUUGACAGCCUGAGAGAAAAAAUGCUGAGGGAGUAUGUGAAACAGACCUGGAACCUGGAGGGGGACGCCAUGGAACAGGCCAUCAUCAGCCAAGCUCCUCAGCUGGAGAGGCUGAUUGCCACCACAGCCCAUGAGAAAAUGCCGUGGUAUCACGGCAAAAUUUCACGCCACGAGGGCGAGAGGCGGCUGUACUCUGGAGCACAGCCAGACGGCAAGUUCCUAGUGCGAGACAGAGAGGAGGCAGGUACUUUUGCCCUCUCUUUGGUGUACGGGAAAACAGUGUACCACUAUCAGAUCCUCCAUGACAAAUCAGGGAAGUACUCCAUGCCAGAAGGAACAAAGUUUGACACUAUCUGGCAGCUGGUCGAGUACCUCAAGAUGAAAUCUGAUGGCCUGGUGACUGUUCUCGGGGAAGCGUGUGUUCACAGCAAAGCUGUUGCACCGACACCUGUUCUUCCAUCAGGAAGACGGCCCCACACAAAUGGAUACACACCGCCCCCUGGAGCUCCCAAAGGGGCCGCGAAACCAGCCAGCCCUGUGCCCACAGACCGUGAACCUCUGCCCAUGGAUUUCGAUGGGUUCAACCCUUACCAUAACCCCAAUGACGUGAAGAGGUUUAACAUCAAGAGGGAUCAGCUGCUGAUGGACGAGGUGGAGCUGGGCUCUGGGAACUUCGGCUGCGUCAAGAAGGGUGUCCUCAAAAGUGACUCGGGCCAGAUAGAUGUGGCUAUCAAAGUGCUGAAGAGUGAUAAUGAGAAGCUGGUGAGGGAGGAGAUGAUGAGAGAGGCGGAGAUCAUGCACCAGCUGAGCAACCCCUUCAUCGUGCGCAUGCUGGGCUUGUGCCAGGCUGAGAACCUGAUGCUGGUCAUGGAGAUGGCCUCUGCUGGACCGCUCAACAAAUUUCUCUCCUCUAAAAAGGAUAGUGUGACUGUGGAGAACAUUGUGAACCUGAUGCACCAGGUGUCGAUGGGAAUGAAAUAUCUGGAGGAGAAGAACUUUGUGCAUAGAGACCUGGCGGCUCGCAACGUCUUGCUUGUCAACCAACAGUUUGCCAAAAUCAGUGACUUUGGGCUGUCCAAGGCCCUGGGGGCGGAUGACAACUACUACAAGGCUCGUACGGCAGGCAAAUGGCCGCUGAAGUGGUACGCUCCCGAAUGCAUAAACUUCCACAAGUUCUCCAGUAAAAGUGAUGUCUGGAGUUAUGGUGUCACCAUGUGGGAGGCCUUUUCCUAUGGAGGAAAACCAUACAAGAAAAUGAAAGGUCCCGAAGUGAUCCGCUUCAUUGAAAAUGGGAGCCGCAUGGAGUGCCCACAAGGUUGUCCAGACCGAAUGUAUGCAGUGAUGAACGAAUGCUGGACGUACAAGCACGAGGACCGACCAGACUUCAAGAAGGUGGAGGAGAACAUGAGGGCUUACCAUUACUCCUUAUCAAACAAGGCCCAGCCUGAAGCAAACGCAGGCGCUGCUGAGCCUAUCAAGUAGACAGAAACAAGGCACAUUCUGUCCAGGCGCUGCACAAUGCUUCCUUUCAAAUGCCCAUUAAACGACCAAAACAAAGAGCUUCUUAUGAGCUGUGCACACUGACCAGCUUCAGCUACAGUACCGUUACAGCUAAACAGGCCUUAUUGACAUUUAACGUGCAUUUGUGAUUUGAACUUUAGUGUGUCAGUCAUGCAAGGACAUGCUCUGUCUGUCUUGGUUUGAAUGUUAAGUGGAGAAACUGUCUAUGUCUAUACAAUGAUGAAUGGAUGGAUUUUACAUUGUGUUAUGUCAAGUAAAAUGGGAGGCCUAUGGUCAUCUGAAUGAAGUUGUACUGCAGCAGUCAUCUGACACUGCCUAUGUACAGUUUUUUUUGUUGUUGUUGUUGUUUUAAACUAAUUAAGUCAAGCGCUACACAGGUACGAGUCAAACUCAUUCUUUUAAAAUUCCUCUUAUG